AAUUUUAAUUUUCUGAAAAAUCUACGCAUAAAAUUAAACUGGCCGGUUAAGAAAAAGAUAAAAGUACUGGCCGGUGAAAGUUCUUCAUUUGGGCCGGAAUUAAAUUGGUAGGCCCAAAUUCUUUAGCCUAUCGCAAACGCAAAGACAACAAAGAACAAACCCUCCUUCACCUACGCCCAAGGAACCGGGUGAGCCUUCCCCACCGGAAUCCCAUAUCCCUAACCUAGCAACCGCUACCUCUGACCCUCUGCCUCCGCCACCGCCUGUCGCACCCGACCACCGCCACCGCCUUUCUUAACCACCCACCGCCACCGAGUCUUCCCCUCUGAUUUGCGUCUAUCUCAAUCAGCUACCGCCACCAGCCCACCCCCACCCCGAGAACACAAAACCCCAAGUAAGCUUCCCCUGAUUCUCCCUCUUCGUUUUCUUCUUAGCUUCCGAUGAACCGCUACCAUCUUCAAUUUGCACCUUGUCGUGUAGUUUUUGUCUGAUUUCUUAUGUGAAAAACCGAAUGAGCCAGGUUUAGAAGUGUAUCCUGAUCAACUUUUAUUUGGGAUCCCUCUACGGGCAGACUGUGCAGAUCCUGUUUGUCUAAUUGCAUUUUUGUAAUUGUAUGCCAACUUUUGUCUAAUUUUGUUACUGAAUUUAGUAGUUACAGAACGCAAUCAAAGUCUGCAGAUGUGAAAUAACUUCAACUAUCCAUCACUACAUGUUCAAGUUGUAAGCGAAGCAUCUUGCAAAAUAACCGGAGAAAUGAUGGUGUUUUGUUUUCCGCAACAGGUUCUCUUUAGACAUGGAAGAUGUCAUCACAGAAAUCCCACCGCCUUCAAGAUUCUUCCAGGAAGAUCUCAAUAACUUUGCACCUCCUUCGCAGCCUCUUCCUUCCCCUUUUCUCUUGUUCUCUGACCCUAAAACUGAACCACUCCGCCCAUCUCUUUUGAUCAUUGCAAUAUCGCCUCCAUCCUUGUAUCUCUUCGAUAAUCUGUGCACCAAGACUCUGAUUGGAAGCCUCAUACUACCAGAGAUCCCUUUCUCAGGAAACUCUAUCGAACCAACUCCUGCCGACAAGUGCUGCAAUAUCUACGAGCUCAACGGUGCUGCAAAUUUGACUCUGCUUGUGUCCCUGAAGUGUCCCGUGAGUGCUGAGAGGUUCAACAUAGUUGCAAAACUGCUUGUUGGUAAGCAAAUCAUCCCCGAGAGGGUUCUGAUUUUGGGUUCAGUUCAGAGCCAGAAUUUCCGCGGGAAGCUAUCACCGGAUGAGACUUACGCAUUCAAGCUGGAGACAUUAGCAGAGAGAGGAAAAGGAUCAGAUAGUGGAGCUUCAUCUUUACUGGAGGGACUAGACUACUUUCCAUCUGGUAGCAUGGUUGAUGGCUUGGCAGCUGCACUAUUGAGUCAAUGCCAGAUGAGGAACAUCAGAGGAACUCUGUGUGUUUCAUGGCCCGACCAUGGCAGUUCAGUUGUAGCUCAGGUUAGGUCACUAUUGCAGAAGAAUGUAUUACAUGGAUUUGACCUGAGUUCAUCAGCGGGAGUCGAAGAUAAGCAUUUGAGGAUAACCCAGAUCAAAGAUUAUCCUUUUGAUUCCGAGCUCUACACUUGAUGCCCUAGGUUCGUUUUUAGUUUGGAAACUACUAAGUUUCAGUUUCGUUCUCUCUUCAAGUUCUACUAAAGAUUACCCAUCUUCUCUAUAACUUGAAAUUUCAGCUUGUUGAUUCAAAGGAUCCUAGUUCCGUCUGAACAAAUUUCAUACACUCAUUGCAGUCAUUAUUUACAGUGUUCAGCAAAUGGUGAUUUGGGUUAAUUUUAAGUAAAGGUUGAUUGGAGAACUUCAUUGAUAGAAGGACUUGGUCUCGUUUUGUGGUAAAUAAAUGCUGGUUGUGACUGAGCGAGUACAUCAAGAAAUCAACCACAACAGAAAGCAAGCAAAUGAUGUAGUAAACCAUCUUAAUGUUGGGAAAUCAUUAACAGUAACUGUCAUAUACAGUGACAACAAAUACUGUGUGAAACUAUGCUUACAAGAGGGAGAAAGCCGAGAUAAAGCAACAAGCUGCUAACUUCUUCAACUGCAGCCAGGGAUGGGAACCAAAGUUUGUGCAAAUAUAUGGAAGCUUCAAUCUCUUCCCAUUGUUGUAAUUGCAGGCACUGCCGUUGAUAUAGAGUAAGAAUGAACUUUGGGCGUCGACUCUCCAUAUGGCCUCCGGCAUGCAAGGCGGACCCAUGGUGGAGAUGGUGAAUAAGAUAGACCAUGAUGACGAUAAUUCUCCUCCUCCUCCGUCAUUGAACAACCAAAGACUAAGCAACGAGUCUUGCCGAAUUUCAUGUUGUACAAGAAUAGCUAAUGAUCCUUUCCAAGCACAGAUGCUCCUCUGGAUAGACCAUGGAAGUGAUGCCUCGGGAGUUGACACCCACUCGAACUUCUCAUCGUGUGGUUUGAAGGAAAGCACCAUACCAGAACUGCUCUCCAUCCAAUGCACUCUCCCGUUGUUGGUUGUGACUGGAGGUUUGUGAAAGUGUGGCUCCCGGUACUCAGUAGCAGUAAAGAUGGCGUGGAAGCUCUCGUCUUGGAUUUCUGUCCAACGCCUUUCAGCCCAGUUUAGAACCUGCUGCAGAAUCGUAACCAAAUCCAGCAAUCGUGUGAUUGCGAGGAAGAUUUUUUCCGGCUGGUGAACGUCAAAGCAGAAUUGGUCCGUGGCUGGAUUCCACAGCACCCAGUAUCCUCGUGUGCCGAGGAUGAAACAGACUAGGCCGUUGAAGGAUCCGGAUACGGAAACGGUUUAGAAAUUUUCCCCUAAGCAUUUUGGAAUUACUUUGUUGUUUGUACAUAGAGUGUACAAGGUUAAGCAGUAGCACUUCUACUAUAACUUAAGAGCACUUCUACUAUGCUAUAUAGUAUUGGUGCUUUAAUGUACAAUUUAAAAUUGUAUCAUAACAUUAAAUGUAUAAGUUUAGGUUGUACCAUAAAGCAAUUUGUACCAUUAUGUUAUGGUACAACUUUACAACUUGAAGUUGUAUCAUCACAUAAAGGUACAAGUUCAAGUUGUACCAUAAAAGAAUUUGUAUAAAAAGUAUAGGUACAAUCUGAAGUUGUACCAUAACAUAAAUGUACGAUUUUAAGUUGUACCAUAAAGAAAAAUCCUAUAGCACCAAUACUAUAUAGCAUUGUAAAAUUUCUCAUAACUUAAAUGUACAAGUUUUGUUUAUACUAUAAAGAGAUCUAUAAAAAAAAUAUAUAUGGGUACAACCUUAUAAAGAGAUUUCUAAAAAAAAAGUAUAUAAGUAGAACUUGAAAUUGAACAUCUAUCUUAUAGUAAAAAGAACGAGGCAAUCAACCACCAUUGCACCGUAACAAUAUGUUAGUUGACAUUAACUAGUACGGUAAUAACGAACAAUCAAACAUAUGUCUAACGAGGCCUAUAACCAUAAAAAUAUUGAUCAUGAGAAGUUAAAAUUUCCACUUUUAUUUUUCCUUCUUAUAAAUCCUGCUGUCACCCGGCCUUAGCAUACCCGGAUCCAGAACGAUACUGACUGUUUUAAAGAGGUACACCUCUUUUACUGUCUCACUAAUUACCUUCACUCUUUUACAGUUCCUCUCUUGUAUGGAGCUCUUCAUAUUAGCAAUUUUGUCCUUCAAUGAAGAAGUGAGGUUUUCUCCUAAGCUGAUUGGCCGCAUCUCCAGCUUGGAUGACCUCAAAGGCUAGCAGGGCAAACUAUAUCAAAAUGUUGGAUAGAAGUCAUUUGCAACUCAGUUACACGAUGCAUAGACACAUCAAUCGAAACUGGUUUGACACAACAACCGAAACUCAGAAAACACAAGCCUAGACAGCCUGCAACACAAACAUGACUACAGGAUUUGUGAUUCAUCAUUCACUGCAGAAACGUUUCCAGGAGAGAAAGAUCAACAAAUAUGCAGAGUCAUAGUUCAGUCGACAAAAGCCACCAAACAUAACUUAGCACACAUUUCCACCACUCGAGGCUCGCACAUAAAAGAAGUAUCAAUCUAAUCCCACACGUGUAUUGCGGGGUUCAGGUUUUACAUCUUUACACAAGGUAACACCAUACUCAGCUUGAUUCAGCAGGGGGAUUCUCCUUUGGAUGUUUAGCCCCAUAAUGAUCCCUAAGCUGAUUUUGAUUGGCUAGCUGUACCUGCACACGUCACAGCAUCACACAAUAAUGAGACGAGAAGAAACGGAUAUUGAUUAUGCUGUCGUAUAACGUAUGACAUGUGUUCUAGAUGAGAGUAAGCAAAACAAUCAGUAAAUGUAGAUAAUACUCAACAUCUGAAGUGUUUCUGGAAGAUGUAGACUCUGAAGCUGAUACAACGUUGAACCGUUAGUUUCAGUUUGUGACACUCUCAUAAAAUACUAGUUAGAUCGAUGAUUAAAUGGUUUACAAACUUCGUCAAUGUUAGAGAGGAAAUAGCGUGACAGGAGGAGGACAAAAAUACAUCAUUUUCAUAAAAUUAUUCUCAAGCAACAAGGUACUAUAAACCAAUGCAGUCAAAAUCGCGAUUCUACGCAGAAGCAUUUGGUGACCUAGAGACGUAAAAACUUGGCCAUAGAAUAAGAAAGCAACUUGAUCACACAGGUACAAUAUUUCUGCCUCAAUAUUAUUUGGUAAGCAUUACAAGUCAGCUUUUAAAUCUUCAUAAUCAUGAAAGAAAACAGCUGAGCUGAUAUAAAGUGUAAACAAUUUU